AUGAAUACAUCACUGCCAACAUCAAAUGCUACAAUAGCUAAAAAUGAUUGCUUUCAUUUAUCCAUUGCUGAACGUCGACUACGAAAUCGUAGCUUAUCAAGCUUACUCUGGACACCACCACUCUAUCCGGGUUAUUCAGCAAAACUUGACAAAUCUUUCAAAUCUAACUUUUGUCAGCAAUCAGUGUGGAAAUCUACAGCAUCCGAAAUAGCAACAUCAUCAAAUCUGCUACCAUCUAAUCCUGUCACCAAUAUAAAUUGUUAUCCCUCUUCAAUUCAAAAUGUCAUCGAAGCACCAUACCAAUUUAAGCAUCCAUCACAACAACAGCCGGCAGAAAAUGAGGAUAUAAGCUGGAACAGUUCGAAGCAAUAUACAAAUUCGAAGGAAUCAUCUGGUUAUGGUUCCGGAACAUCUGAGUCAGAUCUGGAAAAUGAACAACAAUCGAAAAAGAUUUUACAAACAAUAACUGCCUCUUCUAAAACAAUUAAUAACAAUCACUCUUUUACGAAUACAGCAAUGAGUGAUAAUUACAAUGAUAUUUUUAAACAACAGAAAGUUGAAUUUGCUGCUGAACGUGCAACAACACGUACGCCAAUAAGGCAACAACGUAAUCGUCAGCAUACGUUGGAAAAGAAUAGAAGACGAAGUGUUCCUGCUAAUCUUCGUAAUGCUUUUACAGAUGAAAUAGUACGCGUACUGGAAAUUAACGGUGUAUUUCAGUAUGAAACAGAUGCAGAUACCGGUAUACGGCGACCAAUAGUACGUGAACAAAGUAUUAAUCGACCGGAAUCAGUUAUUCAACUUGCACGAAAAUUUGCUGAAGCAAGCGCUGCACAAGAUAAACGAAUUUACAUAUCAAAUCAAAAAUUACUAGCAAGUGGACAAAAUCUGCUGCCAACAACAACAACCACGGAUUCAUCGCUGGUAACCAAUAAUUCAACUCAAAAAGAAAUCAGUUCUCAUCAUCACAAUCAUUCUCAUUUGCUCGAUACCUUUAACAAGAAACCAGGUGGAAUUGCUUGUCUAUACAACGAUAAAAUGUCGAAGGUUAAUGUUUUCAAGCAGAUGGAUCAAAUGCACCGAUCAAGUCAGCAGCAAACUGCGCGGUCAUUCAAUCCAUCAACAGUAAAAAAUGCGCUUUUACGAUGGUGUCAAAUUAAAUUGGAAAAUUAUCCUGUUCAAAUUACAAAUUUUUCAUCAUGUUGGGCUGAUGGAAUGGCAUUUUGCGCAUUGAUACAUCGAUUUGUGCCUGAUUCGUUUGAUUUUGAUAAAUUAAAUCCAAGAAAUCGACGAGAAAAUUUAGAGUUAGCAUUUAGGGUAGCCGAACAAAAUGGUAUUGUACCAUUGCUUGAAGUGGAUGAUAUGUUGCUAAUGGGUGAUCGACCCGACUGGAAAUGUAUUUUCACCUAUGUUCAGUCAUUUUACAAAGCAUUCAAAGACCAAUUGUGA